AUGGAGAUGUCAAACAAUGCGCUGGAUCAGUCACUAUCUGCCUCACCUCGCCUGGGUGGUGAGCAGACAGACACGGACGCAGUUACUGCCGUCAACUCAUCUCCUUUGCCAACCAGAUCUCGACACGCUCAAACUCCCAGUGUCACGACAAGAAAGAGAACAAACGACGAAGUCUACGAACCAGUUCAAUCACCAAUUCGGAGCCCGACAGCUAUCAAAUCAUCAAAACAACACAAUAAAGCCGAGAGCAUAUUCAAGCUAGAGACUGGGGAUGGCGGGACCAAUCCGAAUCGACCUGUCGGCACUGGCGGCGUUCGUCGCGAUGAAGAGCCUGGAUCGAAAGCGAAAGCAGUUCCAGGACAAGAUGCUGACUACGGCCAAGGAGAAGCUCAAGAGUCGAAUGAGGAUGGCUCGGGAGAAGAACUCGUCAAACGAAUCGAGCGAUGUCAACAAGACUUCCAAGUAGCGUUUGAACAAUUCAAACAAUCACUGUCAGAGAGAGACAAGACUGCUGAAUUGGAGUCUUUGGAUUGGGACGAGCUAGAAUUACGCUAUCAGAACGAGAUUCAACCAAAAAUUGCUGCUGAGCAAGACAUCAUGGACGAGUUCCAGGCCCGAUUUCAGGCAAGUGAAAUUUACAUGUCUGACUUCCACGACUAA